UACACCGAGCAGCUGUGUUUUUGUCAGAGCUGAGGAGUCGUCCAUACGUCCGCAAGAGUUAAAAGAAAGAGUCCACAAUGAAGACCCAAACUUGUUUCGCCUUCUCCAUACAACUAUUUGCUCUUUGUUUUCUGGUUGGUGCCAUUUACAUAGUGAAUGGUGACUACUGUGAGAUAAAUGUCUGCAGUAAUGGGGGGAGCUGUGUGACUGGCCCCAGAUCCUCCUUCAUCUGUAUCUGCCCCGAUGGCUAUACUGGGGACACGUGCAAUGACACCGAGACUGGGCCCUGCAACCCAAACCCCUGCAAGAACGAUGCCUUCUGCGACGUGACUGGCCAGAAACGCAGAGGGGACGUCUUCAGCGAGUACAUCUGCAAGUGCCAGGAUGGAUUUGAUGGAGUCCACUGCCAGAACAAUGUGAAUGACUGUGCCAACCAGCCGUGCCAAAACGGUGGCUCCUGUAGGGACCUGAAUGGAGACUUCAACUGCCGCUGUCCGUCCCCCUACGUGGGCAAGCACUGCCAACUGCGUUGUAUCUCUCUGUUGGGAAUGGAGGGCGGAGGCAUUGCUGAGUCUCAGAUCUCGGCCUCGUCGGUGCACUACGGAUUCCUGGGCCUGCAGCGCUGGGGGUCUGAGCUGGCACGCCUCAACAACAAGGGCCUGGUUAACGCCUGGACCUCAGCCUCCUAUGACAGGAACCCCUGGAUUGAGAUUAACAUGCAGAGGAAGAUGCGUUUCACGGGCAUCGUGACGCAGGGCGCCAGCCGCAUGGGGUCAGCAGAGUUCAUCAAGGCCUUUAAGGUGGCGUCCAGUCUGGACGGAAGGACCUACACUAUGUACCGCCUGGACAGACAGACGAAGGACACUGUGUUUGUGGGGAACGUGGACAACGACAGCACCAAGACCAACCUGUUUGACCCUCCAAUUAUCAGCCAGUACUUCCGCAUCAUCCCCGUGGUCUGUCGCAAGGCCUGUACCCUGCGCUUUGAGCUGGUGGGCUGUGAGCUCAAUGUGUAUUCAAACACGGCAGGUUGCUCCGAGCCCCUGGGCAUGAAGUCGCGCCUGCUCGCCGACCGCCAGAUCUCGGCCUCCAGCGUCUACCGCACCUGGGGCAUUGAGGCGUUCACCUGGCAACCACACUACGCUCGGCUGGACAAGCAGGGCAAGACCAACGCCUGGACGGCGGACACCACCAAACGCAAUGAGUGGCUGCAGGUGGACCUGGAGUCUCCUAAGAAAAUCACAGGUAUCAUCACCCAGGGGGCCAAGGACUUUGGCGCGGUCCAGUUUGUCUCUGCCUUCAAGGUGUCCUACAGUGACGAUGGGCAAUUCUGGAGCAUAGUCAAGGACGAUGUCACCAGCACAGACAAGAUCUUCCCAGGCAACAGCGACAACAAUGUCCACAAGAAGAACCUGUUCGAGCCUCCGUUCUACGCCCGAUUCGUCCGCAUCCUGCCGUGGGCUUGGCACGGGCGCAUCACCUUGCGAAUGGAGCUGCUGGGCUGUGACGAGUAGCCCCGCCCAGGUCUCCUCUUUCCCCGCCCCCCUCUUCCUUUCUUUCCAAAACCUCCUGAGCCACACCUGCACUGCCUUGCUCAGAUCUGUAGAGGGCAGCAAAACACCACGCCAUAACCACAACCCUGCCCCGACUGAGGAGGUACAAAACCACCUAAUGGUUACUGCUAGAAUUGGGUAGGGGUAAUCUGAUCCUAGAUCUGUGCUUAAGGUCAACUUGUACCUCGAGCACACAGACUACUGCUGUGAACUGCAUGGACUCUGAAACUGUCCUUCCUAGAUCAAGGCCUCUGUUGUGUUCAGAGUUUCAGAGUAGGAGUGUUGAUCUUAUUCAUUAUUAUGAUUUUUUUUUUUUUUUUUCACAAAAGGCAAAACUGAUCCUAGAUCAGCACUGCUACUGUAUACGGGCUGAACCUGAAACCCAGUGAUGUACAAUAGUAGCUCAUUUAGCUGAGUGUUUUUUCCCAAUAGAGGGUUUUCACCUGACCGUCCUGAAGUGAGUAAUAUUGUAAUUGAACACACUCGUGUGUAUUGUUAGCUUCCAAGCUGUGACUCUGCAGUGCUUUGGUAGAUGUUUUGAACUACUUUGUGUUUGCUUAAUGAAGACUCCUCGUGUGACCAUGGACUUUAUACGAAUUUCGUUCUUUUUUUUAUUUUUAAGAAAUGUAUACCAAAUGUAUUUUGCUUUGUUUCUAUGUGUAUGGUCUUAGUUAACUAGUCAUAAAUGCAUUAUGAUUCAUUAUUAUUCGCAUUUUUACAAAAUUAACGUUUUCUUUUAAGUGUACUGAACAGAAAUAUAAACGCAACAUGCAACGAUUUUAAUGAGGAAAUGAAUCAAUUGCCCUAACCCUAUGGAUUUCAUAUGAUUGGCAGUACAGAUAUGGUAUCUGUUGGUCACAGAUUCCUUAAACAAAAAAUGGGCCUCCUAAUGGGCCUCAGGAUCUCGUCACGGUACUUUUUUGUGCAUUCAAAUUGGCAUCGAUAAAAUGCAAUUGUGUUCGUUGUCGGUAGCUUAUGCCUGCCCAUACCAUAACCCCACCUCCACCAUGUGGCACUCUGUUCACAACGUUGACAUCAGCAAACCACUCGCCCACACGACGCCAUACUCACAACGUUGACAUCAGCAAACCACUCGCCCACACGACGCCAUACUCACAACGUUGACAUCAGCAAACCACUCGCCCACACGACGCCAUACUCACAACGUUGACAUCAGCAAACCACUCGCCCACACGACGCCAUACUCACAACGUUGACAUCAGCAAACACUCGCCCACACGACGCCAUACUCACAACGUUGACAUCAGCAAACACUCGCCCACACGACGCCAUACUCACAACGUUGACAUCAGCAAACCACUCGCCCACACGACGCCAUACUCACAACGUUGACAUCAGCAAACCACUCGCCCACACGACGCCAUACUCACAACGUUGACAUCAGCAAACCACUCGCCCACACGACGCCAUACUCACAACGUUGACAUCAGCAAACCACUCGCCCACACGACGCCAUACUCACAACGUUGACAUCAGCAAACCACUCGCCCACACGACGCCAUACUCACAACGUUGACAUCAGCAAACCACUCGCCCACACGACGCCAUACACGCUGUCUGCAGUUGAGGCCGGUUGGAUGUACUGGUAAACUCUAUAAAACGAUGUUGGAGGCGGCUUAUGGUAGAUAAUUUUAAAUGUUAAUUUAUCUGGCAACACCUCUGGUGGGCAUUCAGCUUGCUAAUUGCACGCUCCCUCAGAACUUGAGACAUCCGUGACAUUGUGUUGUGUGACACAACUGCAUAUUUUAGUGGCCUUUUAUUGUCCCCAGCACAAGGUCCACGGAUCAUGCUGUUUAAUCAGCUUCUUGAUAGGUGAUCGAGUAUCAUUAAUGGGGAUGUGAAGACAUUUGUGCUCAAAAUUUUAAAGAAAUAAUAUUUUUAAGCAUAUGGAUCAUUUUUGGGAUCUGUUAUUUCAGUUCAUGAUACAUGGGUUCAUGAUGCACUUUACACGUUGCCUUUUAUAUUUUUGUUCAGCGUAGUAGCAGACUUAACAUUUAGAACGCAUAGACUUAUUCUGUAAUCUUGUAACAUUCCAAAAUCCCAAAGUAGUUGAAUUCUAUUUUAGUUGAUUAUUUUUUGCCAAAGAGAAACUAAAAGUGCACAUACUACCUUACAGUAUGUGGUGUUAUAACAUGUGUUAUAACUAAAGUACGUGGUGUAUUAUAACUCGAUGUACUCUGUCCUACAAGAAUGGUUUUAUCACAACUCAAUGUAAUGCAUUUAUUACUAACUGACAAAUAUUAUAAAGUAGAAAAUAGCACGUUGACGAUGCUGCCAAAAUGUCUUUCUCAGGUCUAGGCAGAUCCAUUCUAGCCUGAUCCCAGAUCUGUUUGUGCUGUCUUGCUAAACACAAACAUACGAGUUGUCAAGACAGCACAACUGAUCUGGGACAAGGUAGAUCUAUUCAUUUUGUAUGUGCUACUGAUGUUGUUAUAACACUCCAUGAUACUACACAGCUCAACUCAAUAUCACUCAGCCAUGUUUUUAUUUUUUAUUUUAUAUAUACAUUUUAUUUUUUAUUUUUUUUGUAUUAUAUAUUUUUUUAAGGCACUUUCAGAGUCAGUUUGAUUAUUCUUUGCUGAGGUAAAUAUGUGAAAUUGUGAAUCCCAAAGUUUGGUACAUUGAGGAAAUACAGUAUACAUAUUGACCAUACAUGUAGAUUGAGUGUUGGAAAAGAAAGAUUUGUAAUACUAGGCAUCUGUCGUUUCACUGCAUAGGAGAACAGUAUAUAUGGCUUCCAUAAGUUAUCAGGAAGCAAUUUAGAUUUCUCUGUAGAUUUCUGACUGGCAAUAGCAGCCAAAACCACAUUUCCAUCAGUUUUAUUUCUGAGCUGGUUAUCCUUCCUAGUGUAAAUACUUGUUGUUAUAAAUUGUUCCUAGAAGAUGGAAUGUUUUGCAACAGACUAAUCAAAUGCCAUCCAUUUCUCACAAGAGGGCCAAAAUUAUGCGUAGAAUUCGAAGGCUGUGUCCACACUGAUAAGAUAGAAAAUGAAAAAAUGUAAUUAAAAAAAGAUUUAUACGGUUGCACUGAACGCAUCACAUGACCGGCUAUCUCCAUAUUGCUCCUAGGUCAUAGCUAACAUUGUAAAGAUCCCUCUUGAAUUAUGGGCUCGUGCAAUAAGUUAUUAGUUUUGAUAUGAAUGAAUCUGAAUCAAACACGAACAGCUGGACACGUGGGCGAUAGAUGUACACGCAGACAACGACGCAGUCAAGGCUAUGGAUGGAUGCUAGUGUCAAACACUGUCCAAAUAUUUCUGAUCUUUUGCAGACUGUUUCAAAACAGUUAUCUGAUGUCUGCAUGCAUUGUAUUGUCUAAGAUUUCUCAGUUCCAACAGAGAAGUUUUCAUUUAUAUAGUUUUUUUCUGUACACUUAAAAAAAAAAGAUUGUUCAUCAGACUAGUUCUUUCCGGUUCUUUCAUUCCACAAUCUCCUGGUUUUAUGAGUCAUGAAAAAAUAUACAAUUGAUGUGUUUUUAUGCCAUAUUAUUAGUUACACAUACUUUUACAUCUUACAGUAUUCUGACUGGAUCUGAUUCAUUUUGUUCAUGUUUCUGUUAAGAGAAUUCCCUUGUGUUUGGCCUUUUGUAACUCUCAAGACAUAGAUAAUAAAGGACUUAAAUGCAGAUAGUUUGUUUAUCGUACAGUAAAUAAACUGGUUUAAAUGUCA